AUGAUGCGAAACCCGACGCUGUUAAAUCCACACACAGUGUCAGGAUUGAGGCAAAGCGCACGAGUAGAAGCCGAUGCACCGGAUGGAACACCUUUAUAUGAUCUGGAUCAACUCGUCAACUACACGGUGAAAGAUAGGCAGCUCAAGGGGAUAUCAUUCGAUCCACCAGACCCGACUUUGGAAUUCAAUAAUGAGCAAGUCAAUGAUAGGCCAGUUGAAAUGCUUGAAUUACAGUACACAGAUAGUAAUCUUGAAACGUUUCACUCGCUUACAUCUCAAGUCUUGCAACAGCACGAUCAAAUCAAGGAUAAGGUGAGAGAGUAUAUGAUAUUUAGAAAUCAGGCCAGAAGUCAAAAGAUUGAGGGAUUGAACGAUGAUUACGCAGCAUUACAAGUUGAUUGGGAAGCUAGUUGUGAGAGAGGUGUAAAAGUAAAGGCAGAACAACAGCAUAUAAUGAAGAAGCGUUCUAGAAGAGGUGAAGCUGUUGAGCAUGUUGAAUUAACAAAUAGACGUAAUGCAAAUAUGUCCCGUAAGCCUGUUUCGGCUGUACCUCAACAUGUAGUUGCAGAAGCAACACCACCGGUUGAAUCCACCGACAUGGAAGCAACAGAUUCAAGUUCGAUAAUAGAGAAAGCGACACAAGAUGCUGAGCCAAUGCAUCUCGUCAAUGAAAACGAUAUGGAGGAAAUGGAGAAUGAAAAAUUUUUGAAUCAGAUGUUGCAAAGACUACAAACAGUGAACAAGAGAGAUCCAAAGAUCAGAGCAGUCAGAACUCAAGCUAAUAUACCCAAUCAAGAAGUCACUUCAAUUGAUAGAUGGGCUUGCUCAUACAAUGACGCUAAUGCGCGGAUAUUUGACCCAACAAGGUAUUAUGAGCGUAGUUACGAAUCACUAGCCUGGAGUGAGGAGGAAAAGGAGGUUUUCUUAAAAGCAUACGUCGAUACACCCAAAUCAUUCGCGGAGAUAGCCGAAAAAAUCCCUGGAAAAACGGUACAAGAUUGCGUGUUGUUUUACUAUAUGAACAAGAAGCAUUAUAGAUUCAAAGGACUUUCGUUUACUAGACGAGGAGUGAUGAGGCGUGGUAAGCGUAAAGGCAAGGGAGGAUCAUUACUUGCGGAUAUUUCAACGACACAGUCUAGGGAGCAAAAGACAGUGCCAUCGGCGCCACAUCAUUUAUUUGCGUAA